CAACCCAUAUUGAAAGCAACCCAACGAAGAACCCUCACUCAUCAUUGUCAUUCAACUGAAAGAGUGUAUGUAAUCGAACCGAACAUACAAGCACGCGGCCCACACCCUUAACGAACGUGAAGAUGAAGUGACUCUGAGCAAUCAAUUUAGUGCACAAGUCGGAGCCUAAGCUCGGAAAGGAAGUUUCGCAGUAUAUAUUCUUCCGGUACGUACAUGAGUACAUUGAUACUAUGCUGCCGUGGCAACCGAAAUUUGAAUUUUAAGAUUUUCUGACAUACAGGAGAGAACAGAACAAAUAGCCAUUAGCCCUACGCUACCCUUCAACGACAAAAUGUACUAUACUAUACUACUAUAGUUAACUUCCAUAUAAGAGCUAGAGCUAGAGCUAGAGCUAGAGCUAGAGCCGUCCUCCACAGUCCCAGUCCAGUACACUUCAUUAGCUACAACUUCCGAGCUAUAGCCCUCUCUAGUCCCUGUUGCUUUAUAGUUGAUUCCAUAAUCAACCAUGGAACAGAAGCCCUGCACGGCUUAUAGCAGCAGUCUUCUGCCCCGUGAAGAUAAUCCCGAGUUCAAUCUUCGGGACUGGGACUCGAAGGCCAGCAGAAUCAGCCGCCAAACUACAAACUCGAGAAGGUUCUCUGCCUCGAACAUCACCGGCUUAAGGGAGGACCCUUGCCGGUCUUUCAGGUCCAACAUCACCAUCUCCAGCACCGCUUCUUCUCCCGGUUACCCUUUCAAAGAGGAGAUUGAUCCGUCGACAUACUCAUUCACCACAGCUCUUAGAGCAUUGCAGGCAAAGUCGGCAUACAACAAUUUGGAUUGCUUAUCGCCCGAGGGGUUCGCUCUGAACUCCAAAUGGAAUGAUGCUGAGAAGUACAUAUGUAAUCCGCUCUCAGGACAGGUCCCGAUGGAGUGCCUGUCGGCGAGGUCCUUCCGUAACUCGCGCAAUCGAAUCACAAUGUCUGCUCCUCUCAUUUACUUUGCUAAAACAAGAACUGCACAGCCGAAGCCUUCUCUAACUGCACGAAAAAGCCUGUUUCAAAUCCCAAUCGAAGAGAAGGAAGUGGUGGGAAUGACUAGGGAUGUGGGCAUUCAAAGCACAGAAGCUGAUAUUAAGGGUUCAAGCAGCAGCAGCAGCAGCAGCAGCAGCCCGAGCCCCACUUCAACCCCAUCCAUCGGAGAGAGAAUGUACAAACGGUUCGCGACAGAAAGCGGAGAAUUAUCCAAUUCGACUUCAAAGCCAAAGUCCGAGGAAGAGGUCGGAGCAGAGAAAGGAGGAGGAGGAGAGGAGGAAGGCAAAGUAGAAUCAUCCAAAGGAGAUCUGAUCACUGGGGAAAGCCAUCAGAAAGGAUCAUAUGACGAUGACCGUCAUCAUGAUCGAGAGGCAGAUCAGGAGGACGACCAGGAGGAAGAGGAGAAGAUUCACAGCCACAGCCACAGGAGAAGGUGGCAGCCAAGUGGGUGCCUGUCGUGGAUGAGAUCAAGGAGGCUGCAGUGGCACAAAGUCAGACCGCAAAGAACCAAUAAGAAACCUCUCUUUGUUUCUUGCUCCAGCGCUAGGAGGUGCUAGCCAGGCCCAGCUAGCUCAGCUUCUUGCUUGCUAGAAAUGAUUCCAAGGAUAGUAUAAUAAGUGAGAAUAUCCAGCUAAACUCAUCAUCUCUGGAUGGGCAUUUUCGUGUCAUCUGAGUCUAUUACAAUCGUUACAUAUAUAUUCUGUGGAACAUUAAUAACUCAUUUGAUUUCGCAAUCUAAUUUUAAGAUUUUAACUUUAA